AUGAUUUAGCCAAUUUAUAUUAAUACUAAAGAACAAUAAUAUGAUACAUGGAAUAUCUAGGGUAAUUAAUUGUGUGUUUGAAUAUUAGGAUAAACAUUACUCGAUUUGAAUCAAUAUCAAGAAGCAAUAUCAUGUUACGACAAAGCUAUUUCUAUUAAUUCAAAAAUUGAGUCAGCAUGGAACGGCAAGGGUAAUUAACUGAUUAUAUUAAUAUUUUGGAUUUGCAUUAAACCGUUUGAAACAAUACCAAGAAGCAAUUGGAUGUUACAAUGAAGCAAUUCUUAUAAAUGCUAAAUUUGAUUAAGCAUUGAUUAACAAAGGUAAUUAAUUGUUAAAAUGAUUAUUUAGGUUAGGCAUUAUAUAAAUUGAAACAAUAUCAUGAAGCAAUUUAAUGUUACAAUGAAGCAAUAUCUAUAAACCCUAAUUAGUCUUCUGUAUGGCAUAAAAAGGGUUAUAAAUUGUUAAAUGUUAAUAUAGGGUUGGGUUUAUUCAAUUUGAAAAACUAUCAAGAAGCAGUUAAAUGUUACAAUUCAGCAAUAGCUAUUAAUCCUAAUUAGUCUUCUGUAUGGAAUAACAAGGGUAAUAAAUUGUAAAUGUUAAUAUUCAGGGUUGGCAUUAUAUAAUUUGAAACAAUAUCAGGAUGCAAUUUAAUGUUACAAUGAGGCAAUAGCUAUUAAUCCUAAUUAUUCUUCUGCAUGGAAUAACAAGGGUAAUGAAUUGUAAAUAUUAAUUUUUAGGGUUGGGUUUAUUCAAUUUGAAAAACUAUCAAGAAGCAGUUAAAUGUUACAAUUAAUCAAUAGCUAUUAAUCCUUAAUAUGAUACUGCAUGGAACAACUUGGGUAAUUAAUUGUUAACUAUGAAUAUUUAGGGUCGGCAUUAGAGAAGCUGAAACAAUAUGAAGAAGCCAUUGCAAGUUACGACGAAGCCAUAUAUAUUAACCCUGAUUAUUCUGCUGCAUGGUAUAACAAGGGUAAUAAAUUGUAAAUGUUAAUAUUUAGGGUUGGCAUUAUAUAAUAUGAAAUAAUAUCAGGAUGCAAUUUAAUGUUACAAUGAAGCAAUAGCUAUUAAUCCUUAAUUUGGUACAGCUUGGAAUAACAAGGGUAUUAUUGCUAACUAUUUUAUUUAGGGUCUGCAUUAUAUUACUUGAAUCAAUAUCAAGAAGCAAUUAAAUGUUACAAUGAAGUAAUAUCUUUUAACCCUAAUUAUUUUAUUGCAUGGUAUAACAAGGGUAAUUAGUUGUUAAAUAUUAAUAAUUAGGGAAUGCAUUAAAAAACUUGAAACAAUACCAAGAAGCAAUUGAAUGUUACGAUGUAACUAUAUCUAUUAACCCUAAAUAUGUUGAGGCAUAUGAAAAUAAAGGUGUAAAUAUCUUUUUAUUCAGGUUUAAUCCUACACUCAUUAUAAAAAUUUAUGGAUGCACUUACAAAUUUUGAAAAAGCCCUCUAACUAAAACAUAAUGCUCUUAGAUUUUAAUUUAAAGGCAAAUUCUUCUAUUAUUGA